CACACCCUUUGAGCAUAGACCUACCCACAAUCCAUUGCGCAUGUGUUCGGCACUUUCACCCAUUCUGCCAGCACGUGCACUCAGCUGCCGCCAUGCACCGCUCAUUUGCUUCAAACUUUGUUCGACCUAACCUGCCUCUGAGGAAGCCAUUGUCGAGCCCCUUCGCUCCUGUCGGCCCGAGGCCUCGGCCUCCAACCAUACCUCAGGCUCCCACCAUGCCCGAUGCAACACCUGUGCAGCCCCUGUUAGGUGCCGUUGAAGACGGCCCUACAAAUGCACCAGUCAGCAUGGAUCAACCUGUAAUGUUAGGAUCCAUGCCGCCAGCACUGGUGGUAUACUUCUGCAACUUCUGUGGUCAGAAAGGGGGAGUGGGGCUCCCUUUGCAGGGCACAGCGCCCCUCCAAGACAAUGGAAAUGUUCGAUGUAAGCGCUGCAAGAAGACGCCCUACUGCUCUGUGGUGUGUCAGACAGAAGAUUGGAAGGCACACAGACACAUGUGCAAGUCCAUUGAUCCAGAACCUGCAAAAGCGAAAACUCAGGAAACUGAAGCUUUGCCAGUGACGGGAGACCAAGCUAGCAUGCUUGAGUCUAAGCAAUGUGAUGCAUCCAGCCUCGAGAGGGUCUUUUUUAAGGACUUGCAUAUGACAAAAAGUAUUAAGGGAACCGACAUCCAGGCAUCUGUUGUAGAGUUCUACAGCCCUGGCAAGUUCUUCAUCCUUGCCCAAAGUCCUGAGCUGCUGGUCGCUCUUCAAAGAAUCAGCAGAGAACUUCAGAAAACGUACAGCUGCUCAUCAGUGACAACAUACGUACCCCACGUUGGAGAGGUCUGCGGGGUUAAAUUCUGUUUUGACAUGAACUGGUACCGAGGCCUUGUCCAGACUUUGGCUGCUGACCAGAAGACAGCUAAAAUCCUUUACAUUGACUUCGGCAAUGAAGAGAAUGUCCCUGUGGACAGGAUCAAGCCUCUUGCAGCUAAUGUUCCGCCAUUUUGUCCAUGUGCAAUGGAGUGCCGUAUUGCAGGGGUGGUUCCUGUGACUGACAGCUGGUCAGCCGAGUGCUGUUUGUCAGUGAAACGGCUCUUGGCCGGCAACACUGUGACUGUUAAGCUCGAGGAAACCCUAGAAAAUGGUCGCAUUCAUGCUGUGGAUAUCCUGCUUUCCAUGGGAAAGAAGUUGAGCGCAUUCCUCCUGGAGCAUGGAUAUGCAGCAGAGGAAACAGUCAGCGAAACACCAACUCGCCUAGAAAUAAAUGCCAUGGUGAGUGCAUCCUUGGAGAACUUCAGGCGUUGCUCUGAUGGAAAGGAUGACAACACCUGGGCUCAGCCCCCGGAGCCCCUCACACAGGCGGUGGGCGACUCCUUCUCUGUUGUGGUCACCCACCUCCAGUCACCCGAUGACAUCAUCAUACAGAAGGUGGAGAACGCUGGAGUCAUUCAGGACUUGCAGCUGAAGCUGAGGGAGCACGGCAGCCAGACCCCAACCCCCCAGAACUUCAGACCAGCCCCCGGCACAGUUUGCUGUGCUCAGUUCUCAGAGGACAAGCCAGUGGCUACUAGGGGCGCCAAAAUUCUGGUCCGUAAUCAUCGAGCGAGCGUGCUUCUGUUGCCCCCCUCAGCCUGUGAGCCUCUGGUGUGGUCGUGUGCUGAGCUUCCCAGUGACGGCCAGACAGUGGCGCUGCUGGCCAGCGUGUUGGAGAACCCUCUGGAGUUUUACUGCCGCAUCAACAAUCCCACAGACCAUCAGCGACUGAUAGAGCUGGGCGCUGAGUUGAAAAAGCAUUGUGAGGCACAAGCCUCCCCUUUUGAGCCCAAAGUGGGGGAGCCCUGCUGUGCCAUGUUUCCUGGUGAUGGAGAGUGGUAUCGGGCUUUGGUCAAUGAGCUGGCUAAAGAAGUGUCUGUAAACUUUGUGGACUAUGGUUAUACCAUGAAAGUGGAAAAGAACCACAUUCGAUCCAUUACACCUGGACUCCUGACUCUACCCUUCCAGGCAAUUCGCUGUUGGCUCACAGGUGUGCAGCCCCUGGGAUCUGAGUGGAGCAGUGAAGCACUGCUGUGGUUUCAGAAUCUUGUGGACGGCGAGCAGCUCUCUGCACGGAUCCUCUCUCUCACUGAACAAGGCUACGGUGUGGAGCUGGAGAGCAGAGGGCACAAUGUGGCCGCUGCUCUUAUCUCGGAGCAACUAGCCAUAGGUCCUGAAGGGAUUCCCAAAGAGACAACCUCAGACUCUGGACAACAAGAGAAAACACAGGAACAUAAAGAGACCCAAAUAAUUGUGCAAGCCUCCACACCGACAGGAGCCAAAGAGAUACCAACUGAAGGGCCGACUGCAAUGCCGUCAGAAGUCCCAUCUUUCCCAGUGGACUGGAAGACAGUGGAGCUGCCUCUUAACGACACCUUUCAGCCCUGCUUUGCAGCAGUCACCAGUCCUUCCCUCUUCUACCUGCUCGCCCCCAACCAGGUGGACCACCAGAAGCUUCAGGAGGUGAUGACGGAGCUGGCUGUGUACUGCAGCAACAUCCAGGCCUCCUUAUCCUCCACUGUCCUGAGCAGACCCACAUCUGGAGCUGCCUGCUGCGCCCAGUUCUCUGCUGACAAUAACUGGUACCGUGCGAUGGCCCUUGAUGUCGGAGAGAAGGAGAUGAGCGUCGUCUACGCAGAUUACGGUAACACUGAGAAGGUUCCUUUCUCCCGUGUCCUGCCCAUCCCAGCGCGCCUGCUGCAGCUCCCCUUUCAGAUCACUCGCUGCACCCUCACUGGAAAGGAGCACUUCCCUGCAGUGUUUCCAGAGGCGUUGCAGCAGAUGUUUCACAGCCUGCUGCUGAGCGGCGUCCUCGCCACGGCCCAGUCGUUCGACGGCUCUGUUAACGUGCUCUCUCUCAGCCAGCCCCCGGAGACGGGCGGGGGGGACUUCACCGCCAUGCUGCUGAAGGCACUGCAGGCCCAGGCCAAGAGCCCCCCAUCUCCCACCCUGAAGGCUGACCACACUGACAGGAGCACAUCUCCUGCCAACAGUACAGCUGCACCUGAGUGCCCCCUGCUCACACCUAAACCUGAAGCCCAAAAGGCGACGGAAAACACACCAGCUACCCCCAGCCUAACCAUGACCCCAAAGGCGUCCCCCCAGACUCCCCAGCAGAACAAAAAUACUCCAGCAGUGUCAGUCAAUGAAGAUCCAGUUCAGAACAUUAUUGCGCAAAUGGAGGCUCCAUGCAAAACCUCAAAAACUGACGAUUCUCAGAUUCCUGGCUGCUGCUGUCUGAACCUGACGACUAAGAUUGACCACCUGGAACAUUUGGUGCAGGAGCAGCUGUCUCUCAUCCGGCAGUUAGUCGGAAAGACAAAAUAAGAUGUACAGAAUUCCAUUAGUCUUUUAAAUCCAGUUCGCUAUAUUGUUAAAAAUAAAUUCUGUUAUUAUAUUUCUUCAAAACAAGUUAAAUGUGGAUGUGGCAGCUAUCCAGCUCUUAAUUUAGCUUUUCUAAUUUAAUUUCCAUAUCCAGUGUUUAAUGUUUUAACCUGUGGUUAUUUUAUGUUUUAAUAUUUUUGAAAGUUUUCAUAAAAAAAAUGCUUUAUGCACCUAUUACGUUUGUUAAAGUUGCCAGAAAAUCAGCAACAAAAGAUGUUACCUCAAUUAUCCCAGCCUGUGUUUGUCUCCUGUAAGUGUGCUGUAGCACGCGGUGCUGUCAUCUGUUCCUCUGUUCUGUCCUAAUCACAUGUUAAGGUGGGACUUCAGCCUGAUUGAUUUAUGUUUGACAUGUGUUUCAGUCUUUACAUAAAGGUUCUCUUGACAGUGAACUGU